ACCCCAGCUCCCAUUUAGGGUUUCCAAAUCCACCCCUCUUUUUCCACCGAUCGACCUCAAAAUGGAUGCCUCCUUGCCUUUUCUUCUCUUCCCAUGCCUCUAAACCCCUUUGAUUUCUGCUCUAUGGCUUCAACAUCUUCAGCAAGAUAAGGAAAAACAAAAAAGAAGUUGAUGAUGAUGAUGACAGAUUUGUUGUAGAGCUCCGCAUAUUUUUCAGAAUAUAUAAUUUGAGAUCGGUACAGUUGGUGGCAAAUGUACUCACGACUUUGGGCCUAAUGCUGAAGGUGGCACAGGUAUUGGUGCGUUGUUGUGAGCUGUUUUUGGGCACAUCACCAAUUACUGUACAUUUGCCUAUGUAAAUAUCAAUGGUACCAGAGGGCUAGUGGGAUUAUGGACUGUUUUCAGACAGUUUCUCACCUUAAGGGCUUCUAUAUGGUUGCAGGUUCGGUGUGCCAUCGGUUAUUAUUAUUUAUCAUCUGGUUAUCUGGUUUCCAAGAUGUCCUGGCAUUGCAAACAAUGCAUGAACAAAUGCACGUGCCAUCGGCACUGGAGCUUGCUAAUCCUCCCAUUAGUGUAUUUUUUGAGCCCAUAGAAAUAUCACCCGCUGUUCUUCCCCAUGAUCCACAUCCUAAUGAAUCAUUGCCUCCAAUGUACCCUACCUUUCCAACCAGAUAUGAACCAGUCUUGACUGGAAGAUGUCCUGUAAAUUUCUCUGCUAUAUCAAGUAUCAUGGACAAAACAGCAUCUGAUUGUUCCCAACCUUUGGCAGCUCUUGUAGGGAAUGUAAUAUGUUGUCCUCAACUUAGUAGUCUCCUGCACAUCAUCCAAGGUUUUUACGGCAUGAGCUCGGAUGAAUUGGUUUUGAAAAAUUCAGUUGCUAGUGAUUGUUUUAAAGAUAUUAUUAGUAUCUUAGCCAGCAGGGGUGCAAACAGUACCAUAGCUACACUUUGUUCUAUUAAAUCAUCAAAUCUUACAGGUGGGUCUUGCCCAGUAAAGGAUACUAUUACGUUUGAGAAAACAGUUAAUACUAGCAAAUUGCUAGAGGCCUGCAGCAGUGUUGAUCCUCUUAAAGAGUGUUGCAGACCUGUUUGUCACCCUGCAAUUAUGGAUGCUGCACUUCAGAUUUCUGGCAAACAGUUGAUGAACAAUGAGAAUAAAGAUGUAGUUGGGGAGUUUAACCAUGUUGAUUCUCUUAAUGAUUGUAAGCAAGUGGUUUAUUCAUAUCUGUCAAGGAAACUCCCAAUGGAUGUUGCAAAUGGUGCAUUUAGAUUAUUAUCUUCCUGCAAAGUUAACAAAGUCUGUCCUUUGGAUUUUAAGCAGCCUUCGGAAGUAAUUAAAGCCUGUCGCAAUGUUGCUGCCCCCAGUCCUUCCUGCUGUAGCUCUUUAAAUGCUUACAUUGCAGGAAUACAAAAGCAGAUGUUAAUUACAAACAAGCAAGCUAUAAUCUGUUCGACAGUGUUCGGAUCCAUGUUACGGAAAGGUGGGGUUAUGACAAAUAUUUAUGAGCUCUGUGAUGUCGACUUGAAAGAUUUCAGUAUCCAAGCAUAUGGACAACAAGGAUGUCUACUACGGAGCUUGCCUGCAGAUGUGAUAUUCGACAACUCAACAGGCUUCAGCUUUACAUGUGACUUGAGUGACAACAUCGCUGCGCCAUGGCCUUCAUCAUCCUCAAUUUCAUCACUUUCCCUCUGUGCACCUGAGAUGUCAUUGCCUGCACUGCCAACAUCGGAGACUUUUAAAAAUCCUGGCUGUCGUGGUGGUGGGGUGCAAAUUCUGGUAUCCAUUUUUUCAUUUUUUGUCUUCGGUACACUUUUGUACUAAGAAAAUUUAGUUGAGGGUUGGUUGAGAGCUGUUUUAGAAAAUUUAGUUGAGGGUUGGUUGAGAGCUGUUUUGGAUUAGGGUCUUUUGGAAAUCGACUUUUGUGUGGAUUUUUGACAUGUAUAUUUUUUUUAGUAGCCUCAGUGUAUAGCAGUUUUCUUUGUUCUUCUCA